AUGACUGAACGCACCAUAUGCCGGACGGAGCUGGAGUUGCGGACGGCGCUCGAGGGAUGCUCGAAGCUUACCCUGAGCGGAGCCAAGCUGGCAGCUGCAGAUGUGGAGGCCUGCAUCAAAAGCCUCAGCUUCCCAUCCUUGCGGCACCUCGAAGAGCUGCGCCUCGAGGACCUUACACUGCACCCUGCGAGCCUGGACCACUUAGCCAGCGCCUUUCAAAAUCCUGGACCUCUGCCGGCAGGCCGAGGGGAAGAUGUGGUCGCGGACCCCAGCCUUGUGGCCGGGGGCACAGCGGAGGAGGAGGAGGAGCUGGAGCUGGAUUUGUUCGGCGACGAUGUGGCUGAGGUCUUGGAGGCCUCUGCUGCGCCAGCCCGCAUGGAGCAGGGCUCCAUGUCCACGUUGCCUGAGGAAGGAAGAUCAGGUCUUCGCACCUUUGCACUUGUGCACAGCCCCUGCUCGCCAAGUGAUGCUUGGUCGCCGCUUUGGCGCAGCCUUCCGCUCGGCCUGACCGAGUUGGAGCUCUCCGGCAACGCGCUGAGCGACCACGCCAUCGCGGCUCUUAGCGGCGCUUUGCGCGGCCACACGGCGCUGCGCCUGGGCCUACGGGGAAAUCGCUGCAAAGACAUCGACCGCCUCUCGGACCUGGUCUCGCGCGGCUGCGUGGAGGCUUUGGAUCUGUCCGACAAUCUUCUCAAUGACAAGAGCAUUCAGCAGCUCUGCGAAAUUCUGGGCGCGCCUGGAUGCCGACUCGUUGAGCUGGAUCUUUCGGACAAUCGGCGGCUCUCCUCAGCGUCACUGAAGACGCUGUUUGCCAAGCUGCCCAGAAGCCCCGUUCGUCAACUUUCGCUUCGGAGAACGUCGCUCUGUGACAACGGGGUCAAUUUCCUCGCCGGAAUGCUGGGUGACAUUGACCUGGUCCUCUUGGACUUAGCUCUUGGGCAGAAGUUGCACCCUCCUAUGUUCCCUCUUAUUGAGUUUGGUUGA